AUGGACAGCCCUCGAUCUCCGCUUCCUAUAGGGGCGCCGGUGGAGCCACCCGAGGAUGCCCCAAGAGCAAUGUCCGGUGCGAGCUUCUAUCGCGUCAACAGCGAUUCUACGCUGGAGCAGCUGCAGAAGCAGAUGCAAGAGAAGGCUAUGGCAAGUGGGUCAAUGCCGACCUCCGAGCAUCUCGACCGCAUCGCGCCAGACCCUGGUCCAUUGCCGAUGCCGCAGAGGGCGACAGGGGCGACAGGUACAGAGUCCCUUCCAAUCCAGAGCCGUCCAUCCAUGAGGACCUUGCAUUCUGCACUCGACAACGAAGUGUUGGGGCGAUUGGUUUCGGCUGCAGAGACAGGGAGCAAGGAUGAGGUGCCUCUCGGCCACGACCAGUGCCGUCAGGCUUGUAUCGAUCGGCUUUGCAUCAUCCUUCUCCUGCCCAUUGGUGUAGUCCUACAUGGCCAACCCCGGUGGGUCGCAAGUGUGCGCGUUGCUGCGGUGCUGAUGGGCACAGUGCUGUGGACAGCGUGUGUGUACACGAUGAUCACUGGAGGCAACACCGGGUGGCAAAUGGGCAGCUGCUUGCUGCACGUGUUGGAAGCUACAGCGAACCUGAUCCUCUUGUUGCAGAAAGCUUUCAGCAGCAGCUUCAAAGAGUUGAAUGCACAUGUGAAGGAUGCCAUGCGGUCCCAAAACAUGGGUCCAGCCCAAAAGUCGGCCAUCAAAUGGCACAUCCUUGUGAUCACGGCAAGCCUCGCCUGCUGGAUGAUUUGCCACGUCGCGAAGGUCCGACUUGUGGCCAUGGGCGGUGGGCAGAUGACAUGGCAAGUCGUCGCGUUGCCUUGCCUCCAAUGCCUUUAUCGUGCGGGUUGGGUUUUAUGGCUACUGCGUUUGAACGAGUUUGUCAACGAGCUCGUGGAUGCGUUCUGCCGCAGCUGCGCGAGUAACCCUGAAGGUGUGGACUUAGCCUACGUUCACUGGGCUCGCAUCUCUGCUUUCACCGGCCAGAUCACCGAACAUUGUCAAAAAGUAUAUGGAGUCAUGUCUGUGACUGCGUUGAUGGGUGGAGUUGCCCCCAUUGCAGAGAUCUUCAUGCCAACCAGCUCCCCGCAGAGCACAGACUGGAUGUUGCCACAGCUGAUAGCGAGCGUCGUGGUGAUCUGCUUGACGACGUAUGCCUGGGGAAGUGCUGCCAUGGUCAGUGAAAAGUCGAAGAAAGCAGCCUCCUUGGUGAAUUCCUUGCAGGGUUGCUUAGCUGGGCACGCGAGGGCUGAGAUUAGGCGGCUGGUCGGCUACAUGGAGAGCAGUCACUCUGGCAUCUUUUUCGGGGGAUCCAAGGUCGAUCUUCGCUGGUACUCUAGGCUGCGGUACGUGACCUUCAGUGCCUCGGUCUUCCUUGCCGUACGCUUCCAGAGCCUGCCGGAGGAAAACCAAGCCCUUCUGGCAGAACAGUGGGGUCGUUUCCUGCAUGCUUUGGCCGUGUGGGACAGGUCGACAGGCCAUCAUAAUUAA